AUGGGUCUUCUUCCACUCACUUACACACGCCCAAAGCAUGUGGACCAGAGAUCAUAUCGCAGCAACAGCGCCAGCAGCAGUGGCGACUCUCUAUCUGAUGGAGAAAAGACCGAUGGCUCGGUCAACUCUGGCUUCUCUGGCUACUCUAGUGGUAUACCUGACUCCUUGGCUUUUGACAAGAUUAUCGACGGGGGAACAUGUCCUCCAGUGACUGUCCGGGAUUUCAUGUCCUAUCUAAUUUACGUAGAGCACGCUGCCGAGAACCUUCAGUUUUACCUCUGGUUCAAAGACUAUGAGAAACGGUUCAACACAAAUCCCACGGCCGAUAUCAAGCUUGCACCAGAAUGGACAAGAGCUAUGCAGGAUGAGACCAUCAUCAAGAUCCGAAAGGAACAGGCAGAUAAGAUGCGCAAGGAGCCCAAGGCUGCCGCGGUGUUUAAGGGUACCGACUUUGAGAAAAACCCUACCGCAAAGGAUCGGAGCAUGAGCGCUACCGUCGAUCCUUUCACAACGCCUCCCCAGAGCAGUGGAGGGGAUAUGGCCUCGAUCUUUACAGCGACAAACACUAUGCAUUCACUCAAUGCGGCGAGCUAUAUGAGCCAGGCUUCCGACGCCUUCCAAACCGCUGGUACCCAACAGCCUUUCACCAUACAACCAUUCAGAGAAGAGGUUAACAGAGUAAUUGUGGCAUACAUUAUGGAUGGGGCUCCUCGACAGCUGAACCUUUCGUCUGCUGAACAAAAGGCGACUAUUGUGGCACUUUCUCAGACAACACACCCGAGUGCAUUCCGUAGCGUCUUCAAGACGGUCGACUCAAGUCUCCGUCACCAGGCUCAUCCCAACUUUGUCCGGUGGUCAAUCUGUAACGGCAACCCUGCUCGUGUAUUCUUUGCGCGGUCGCUGGGAGUCAGCCUUAUUAUCGCUGGUAUUGUCAUCGGCCUCAUCCUCACUCUCAGCAGCGCAGGUCGAGGAUACCGGGCUCUGGCAGCAAUCUCUCUCGUUCUGGGUAUCAGCACACUUGUUGCGGCUUACAAGGGCAUGUGUGUUGUUCUUCACGGAAUGCAUCAUCGCCACAUCAGACCUUGGGAAUUGUUCGUGGACAGCGAGAACAUGGAUGACUUGGCUAAGCGAAGCUUCGAUUCUUUCGGAUCCAAAAACAGCUACGAGGAUGAACCCUGGAUUGUCAAGUAUGAGAAACGCAACGUUGUCCGCAAGGUGUUUGAUCGCGAAGUCUGGAUCCAAGAGCCAGCGCUGCGUCAGAUUCAAGACACCAUUUUCGUCCAGGCGAUACUUGCUUCAGUCCUUGUGGGCGGUAUCAUCACAGCCAUUUUUGUGACCGUUCCAGGAGGCCACUUCUUUUGA